AUGCAUUUCUCCACUGCUGUCAUCGCCUCCGUGGCCGCGCUGCUCCCUAUGGCUAGCGCCGUUGGUAACGCCAUCGUGAAGAACAACUGCGCCAAUACCGUCUACCUCUGGUCUGUUGGAAGCUCUGUUGGAGCUAUGCAGACCAUUGCCCCAGGCAAGAAAUACUCCGAAGUUUUGCGCCAUGAUGCCGUCUCUGGUGGAAUCGCCCUUAAGAUCACCACCUCUUCGAAUGGUCUCUACGACGGUAGUGCCCAGACCAACUUCGCUUAUACCUUGGAUGGUAGUCUGGUUUGGUAUGACCUGUCAGAUGUCUUUGGAGACCCAUUCUCUGGACAUGGAUUGGCGGUUGAUCCCUCUGUCGCUACUUGCCCUGAUAUCUGGUGGUCGAAUGGUGUUUCGCCUAGUGGCAGUCAAACUCAUGAUUGUACCUCCGCUGCCAGCGUCACUUUGACUCUGUGCGCGACUAAGGCUUGA